AUGGCGAAUUUGCAACCCCCGCCAUACUUUUUACCUACUCCAGGCACUCCUGCUAUGCCAUGGAAACAAUGGAAAGGACUCUUUGACGUGUAUCUCGUUGCAUCGGCUGCCAACAAAUUUAACGAGGACCGUCGCCGUGCCUUGCUACUCCACUGCCUCGGAGCGGAGGGCCAGCGGGUGUUUCAUACAUUACCAUCUACCUCAUCGGGGACCUCUUCUGCUAUUGCUGGGUCAUCUACAGAAACCGGUGCUGGUGAGUCUUGUUCAUAUGCAGAAGCCAUAGACAGACUAGAUAAUCAUUUUCUACCAACGGUUAAUGUUGUUGCUGAACGUUACCGUUUCCGACAGAGAGGCCAGAUGCCAGACGAGCCUGUGGAAACAUAUGUUUGUGCACUCCGGUCUCUGUCACUUACCUGUGCGUUUGGUGAUCUUCGAGAUGAGUUCAUUCGGGAUCAACUGGUGGAGAAGACCAACUCAGAGCGAAUUCGGGAAAGGCUUCUGAUCGAGCCGUCUCUUACUCUUCAGUCUGCUAUGACAAUUGCACGUCAGAUGGAAUCUGCGUCACGAGAGACUCGAGCACUGAAUACACCUGCAGAUAGUGUGAACGCAGUGAAGUUUAAGCCAAAGCGUAGACAGAAACAGUCUGGUGCGUGGAAACAGUCAACUGCCAGUCAACCUGAACAGAAAACUGUAACUUGUUAUCGUUGCGGUGAUAAGAGGCACAAAGCUAAUGAUGUCUCUUGUAAAGCUAGAGAAGCAACUUGCAAUUCAUGUGGGAAAAAGGGACAUUUUGCUAAAGUGUGUAGGUCCCGACAGCAAGCUGUUCAUCAAAUUUCUUCAGAACAGUCUCAACUACAUAACGUUGAGGUUUUGACUAUUCACCCAUCCAAGGAUGCAAUCUUGUUUCCAGUUACGGUGAACGGAUCAGUGAAGCUUGACUUGUUAUUUGAUACAGGGUCUCGCGUGUCAAUCAUUCCUCUUGACAUUUUUGACAAACAUUUUACUCGGAAAGCUCUUCUGCCACCACGAGCUAAUUGUAUUCUCACUACUUACCUCACAGAUGAACAAAUUCCAGUGGUUGGGAUGUUCAAGGCCAAUAUUUCUCAUGGUGACCUUACAGUCAUGUGCGAAUUCUUCGUUGCUACAAAAGGAAGCUGUCUCAUGGGACGUGAUCUCAUGAAGUUGUUACAUGUGCUACCACAGCUGCCAGACGAGGUUAAUGCAGUGAACUCAGAGAUUUGUGGUGAAUUCAACGAGCUCUUCAGUGACCAUGUUGGACUUGCAAAGGGUUACGUGCAUCGUGUGAAGACGAAACAGGACGUGCCGCCAGUACAACACAAGCUGCGACGCCUACCUUUUGCAGUUAGAGACAAAGUGUCGACAGAGUUACAGCGUUUGGUUAAAGCUGAUAUCAUUGAACCAGUAGAAUCAAGUGAAUGGAUUUCCUCAUUAGUCGUCGUGAAUAAGAAGAAUGGGGACAUCCGCCUGUGUGUCGAUUUGCGAGAUGUGAACAGAGCGAUAGUUGAGGAUAAAUAUCCACUGCCUCACAUAGAAGAACUGUUGAGUGAGAUGCGAGGAGCAACUGUAUUCAGCACUUUAGAUCUCAAAAGUGCAUACCAUCAGCUUCUUCUUCAUGAGGAUUCGCGUCAUCUCACAACUUUCAUUACGCAUGAAGGACUCUUUCAGUUCAAGCGUGUCUGCUUUGGACUUUCUUCGGCUCCUUCAGCAUUCCAGAAGCUUAUGUCGUCUAUUCUAGCUGGACUUUCUGGUGUCCAGUGCUACCUUGACGACAUCAUCAUCUACGGUGAUACUCUAUCAACCCAUGACACAAAUCUUCGGGCAGUUCUACAACGGCUACAGAGUGUAGGACUUACACUGAACUUACAGAAGUGCCAGUUCAACCUGAAGGAGAUCAGUUAUCUAGGGCAUGUUAUCUCUGCCAAAGGCGUUCAACCUAAUGAAGAUAACGUUGCUGCAAUACGAGAUGCUCCGGUUCCUGAGGAUGCUGCAACACUCCGAUCAUUCUUGGGACUGGCUUCGUAUUACGCAAAGUUCAUUCCAAAUUUCUCCAGCGUAACUGCACCACUACGAGAGUUGACCAAGAAGGACGUUUCGUUCGUGUGGUCUACUGCUGCUGCCGAAUCAUUUGCUACAGUCAAAGAUCAGAUCCUACAUUGUUCGACGUUGCAUCUUUUCGAUCCAGAUCUACCAGUAGUUAUUUCAACUGACGCAUCAGAAUACGGGUUAGGAGCUGUCCUUAUGCAGAUGAAGGAUGGAAAGGAGGUUCCUAUCUCUUACGCUUCCCGUACGCUCACUAAAGCUGAGAAAAACUAUUCGGUGGGCGAGAAAGAAGCUCUCGCAUGUGUAUGGGCUUGUGAAAAGUGGUUCCAGUACGUGUGGGGCCGCCAUUUUGUUCUCCGCACAGAUCAUCAAUCUCUUACUACAUUGUUGUCAACGAAGGGGACAGGACGUCAGUCUAUGAGGAUCGCUCGAUGGGCUACGCGUUUGCUACGAUUCAACUACACCGUCGAGUACAUUCCAGGUCUACAGAAUCAUGCUGCUGAUGCAUUAUCGCGAUUACCACAGCCAACGCCUUCAGUCUUUGAAGAUGAUGAUCAUGAAGUUGUGAUCCAGAGCAUAUUCGCGGAAGUUACAAUAUCAAAAGCCGAGUUACAACAAGCAACGGCUUCUGAUUCAAUUCUACAACGUGUGAUUGAGAAGAUAUUACAUGGUUGGUCAAAAGAAUCAAGCAAAGAUAGUUCACUGAAAGCAUAUUACAUGAUUCGCGAUGAGCUUACAAUCAUUGAUGAUUGCGUGUUUCGUGGUAAUAGAGUUGUCAUUCCCAAAUCACUUCAAGCAAUCUUGAUUACAAAUGCGCACUCCGCACACCAAGGAAUAGUGCGUACCAAGCAACGCUUACGUGAUAUUUAUUGGUGGUCAUGUAUGGAUAGGAUGGUAGAGGAUGCUAUUCAUAAUUGUAGUUUGUGUCAAUCAAGUGAUAAGGUUUCAAAUACUCGUAAUACUCCCUUACAGAGUGUUCCUCUUCCUGAUGGACCUUGGAAGAAAAUAGGUAUUGACAUAACAGGUCCAUUCAAUACUACACAACCUUCAUACAAAUAUGCCAUUGUAGCCAUAGAUUAUUACUCCAAAUGGCCAGAGGUUGCUUUUGUUUCUGAAGUGACUACACAUUCAGUCAUUACAUUUCUUACACAAGUGUUCGCUAGGGAAGGUAUUCCUUCUGAAGUUGUUACUGACAAUGGUGUUCAAUUUGUAUCUAGUGAAUUUGAAGAUUUCCUAAAGAAGCUAGGUAUUUCACAUUCCAAAGCAUCACUGUACUACCCGCGUUCAAAUGGUGAGGUUGAACGUUGGAAUAGGGUGUUGAAGCAAACGCUUCAAAUUGCAACAAUGCAAGGUAAACCAUGGAAGGAAGCAGUCCUUGAAUUGCUUAUGGCAUACCGCGCUACCCCUCAUCAGACCACUGGUACAACUCCAGCAGAGUUGUUACAUGGUCGACCCAUGGUCACGCCAUUACAUAUUCAUGAUGCUAAUGAUGGCAAUAGGCGUGCCGGGGAGGAUACUGAAAUGCGAAGGCGUGUUGGUGCAAAGCAAAAGAAAGCACGCGAGUACGCUGACAAAACUAGGGGUGCUUCCAUUCCAAAGUUUAGCAUUGGUGAUAAGGUUAGAGUGAAAAGAGUCAAGAAAAAGAACAAUUCAUGGUUUGAGGCACCACAGAAAAUUGUAGCCAAAAAGGGUUUGUACACAUUUGUCUUGGAAGACGGACGUAUUUGGAAUGCCUCAAAACUGACAUUGUUCAGGGAUAGUGGUCAUGUUGAUCAGAGAAAAUCAAACACAGCUAGUGAACAGACUGGAAGUCAUAAUGAAAGACCUAAACGUGACAAAAAAGUACCAGUCUGGACAUAUGAUUAUGUUUCUCAUUGA